AUGUGCGGGUCGACUCUGGCGGGGCGUGGGCGCGGAUCGCGGGAACGACGCGGCCGCGUCACGGUGGGGUCGGGGCCCGACGUCUUGGUGCCCCUGGGGUACGACGUGCUCACGUUUCUGGUGGCAACGGUGGCCGUGGUGCCGAUUUGCAAACAGCUGCGCGUGUCGCCGAUCCUGGGCUUCCUGGGCGCUGGGUUCGUGCUUCAGCAGUUCGGGCUCUUCCGGGAGUUCCAGGAGAUCGAGAAGCUGUCGGAGCUCGGCGUUCUCUUCCUGUUGUUUGAGAUGGGCCUCGAGCUGUCUUCGGACCGCCUCAAGGCCCUCGCGAAGUACGCGUUCGGCCUGGGGACGCUCCAGAUGGUGCUCACGACCCUCUUCUUCUGUGCGUGCGCGCUUCCGGCCGGCAACGGCGUCGUGACGCACUUCCUCGAGGCCGUGGCUGGCGCCCCGCACUCGCUCGUCGCCAUCCGGACCACGGACGAGGCCGUCGUCAUCGGCGCCGCGCUCUCCCUCUCCUCGUCCGCCUUCGUCCUCCAGCUCCUCACAGAGCGCGGCGAGCUCCCUACGCGGUACGGCGCGGCGACGCUGGGCAUCCUCCUCCUGCAGGACAUCGCCGUCGUACCACUGUUGGUGUUACUCCCCCUGGUGGAACAGAACGGAGGCCUCAACGCCAUCUCCUCGGGCGGAGGCACAGUCCUGGCGCAGGUUGCGCCCGAGGCUGCCAAGUCGCUGCUGGGGCUCGGGGUGAUCGUGCUGAUCGGGCGGUACCUCGUGCGGUACAUCUUCGCGGUCGUGGCGUCCGCGCGCAGCAACGAGGCGUUCGUGGCGCUGUGCCUGCUGGCGGUGACGGGCACGUCGUUUGCCACGCAGUCGCUGGGCUUCAGCGACACGCUGGGGGCGUUCCUCGCGGGCGUGCUGCUCGCGGAGACGCAGUUCCGGACGCAGAUCGAGGCGGACCUGCGUCCGAUCCGCGGGAUCCUCCUCGGGCUGUUCUUCGUCUCGACUGGGCGGUCCAUCGACGUGGAGCUCUUGAUUCAGUACUUCCCAGUGGCGAUGGGCCUCCUGGCCGGGCUGCUGGGCAUCAAGUUCGCGGUCAUCGCGAGCACGGGCCCGCUCGUCGGCCUCACGCGCGCCGAGUCGGUCCGCACGGGCCUGCUGCUGAGUCAAGGGGGGGAGUUUGCCUUCGUGCUGCUCUCCCUGGCCACCAACCUCAAGAUUCUGCCGGAGAACCUCGACACGCUGCUGACGUCGGUCCUCGUGCUGUCGCUCGCGCUCACGCCCGCCCUCGCGGACGUCGGCCGGUGGGCGUACGACGAGAUCAACCGCAAGGAGGAGGCGGAGCGGCUGAAACGCGGCGGCGACGCCAUCGACGUGGAGGCGAACGGCAAGGCGGACGUGCAGGCCGCCACCGAGGGCACGUCGAUACCGCCCAUCGUGCUCGUCGGCUUUGGGCACGUGGGGCAGGUGGUGCAGAACAUGGCCACCACGCAGCUCUCCUCGCUGCAGCAGCACCCCGUCAUCGCGUUCGACACCAACCCCGUGCGGGUGCAGGCGGCGAAGGACCUCGGGUACAACGUGGUGUUCGGGGACGGUUCGCGCCCGGACGUGCUGCGUGCCGCCGGGAUCGACGACCCCGCGGCCAUCGUGGUGUGUCGCUCCGAGAUCGAGGCGGACAACGUGCCCGCGGUGGCGCGGCUGCGCAACGCGUUCCCCGCGACGAUCCUGAUCGCGCGCGCGUCGACGCUGCGCGACCUGGUCCGGCUGCGCGAGGCGGGCGCGGACGAGGCCGUGAGUAUGACGAGCGAGGGCGCCAUGGACAUGGGGGAGUGCGUGCUGCGCAUGGUGCACGAGGCCAACAUGACGGAGGUGGCGUACCUGCGGAACGCGAUCAAGACCUCGAUGAUCUCGCAGGCGCAGGAGGCGUUCGGUGGCGAGGCGCGCCUCGAGGCGCAGGAGCGGCGGCCGUGGGAGAAGGGGGGGGACAAAAAGAAGAUGCUGGACAUCGGGACCACGCGGGUCGAGCCGCCACCGACGGCGGUGAAUGGGCCCGCUGGAGCUGCGGGGACGCCCGCCGCGGGUCGCAGUGCGAUUGUGUUUGACCGCAGGAAUCCCGACCAGCUGCUGACCGGGGCCGCCAAGGCCGCCGCGGAGGCCCGGAUGGCGACGAAGGAGCGCGCGGAGGGGCAGCGCAGCGAGACCGAGACUCGGUAUCGAGGCCGGAAGGAGAAGAACCCGGAGCUGGGGAGUCUGGACGAGGACCUGGAGGCGUUCUAG